GACGCUUGGCGCUGAUUGGUGGACAGCGCCAGGGAACGCUUUUCUAAGCGCCUAUUGGAUAAAGGGGGGCGCUCACUGUUUGAAACCAAGGUAACAAGACGAAAACAAUUCUAAAAGGAGGCUGCAGAGUGAGGAUGGACAGUGAUGGAGAGAGCAGCCCGUGGGAUAGUCCCUUGUCCAGUGCCAGGGAUCCAGUCAAAAGGAAGGAGCAAAGAAGAAACAAGAUUCCAAGGACAAACACUGGGUCUCAAGUGGACAGCGAAGAUGAAAACUCCACAGCAAAGAGAAACAUUUCUAUUGAUGUUACUUCUGGCACCAAAGAGAAUGGCUCACAUAUUAAUGUGGAUGUGAAUAACCACAAAAUCCUCCAAAAACGAGAGCAGCAAAGCCAUCCAACCUCCAAGAAACCAAACCAAAAAAUCAAGCAUCAAGCAUCCUUCCAUGACUUCAAGGAACCAUUACCUGCUACAGACGAACAGGAGGUACAAGAGGAGCAAGGCUUUGAGGCACCCAGGAAACACACAAAGGGAUCCUCUUACAUUAUUAGUUCCCCACAACAUAGUAACGAAACGAGUUCUUGGGGAGUUCCAGCCAGAGAAAGAGAACCCACCAGUGGAUCCCACCAGAAGCUGGACAGCAGUGGGGCCCUAUAUGAAACAGUAUCUGCUCCAGACAUCAGACAAACACUGGCAGAAAGAGCAGCUCAAGCCAGAGAAGCUCAAGAGAUUCAGAUGUCAAACUCAAAUGUGUCUGGCCAUGGAGAAAGUGCCAGAGGCACAAGUGGCUUCCUGAAGAAUGAUAAGAGGAAUGUCUUUGGUGUUUCAGGUGUUGGUGAAAGAAUGUGGGAUGUAGAACAGGGCAAAAAGCAAGAGGUGAAAGAGCCACCCAUGUACAUUAAUUAUGGCUGGAAUAUGGAGCCUGUGUAUGUUGACUCUGAGCGUGCACAGCUAAAAGACCCGAAAGUGUGCCUGGUGACAGAGACUGUACCGUAUAAAGAUGAGCUGCACACGUAUCAGUUUAACUACGGCCACCGACAGUAUUACCAGGCUCAUAAGGAUCAUAAUGAAGCUUUCAUGGAGAAACUCGCAGACAAGUCAGAGAAACUGAUUCUGCGAUGCUGGCGAGAGAUAUUUGGGCUUCUUCGGAUCUUGGCCAGUCUGGUUACCAUCUUUCUUAUUGAACUACUCAGCUUCCUGGGAAAAUACAUCUUUCAGAAGUAACCAGAAGAGAAGAAUCGGCUGUGACAUUACCAUGAGCUUUUUACAGUUAAGGGAGUACCAAUACUGAAGAACUGCAGGGUAAAGCUGUUUUGUUUGUGAACAACAAAAGGAAGGUGAGUUCAAUGAACUUUUAUAUUAGUGCUUUAUAAUGGUAAAAAAUUAGGAAAAUAUAGAUUUUUUUAAAAAAAAAAUAAUAAAACAAUAGGCAGAAUGUAACUUCAGCAUAAGUUCUAUUUUAUGUCCUCAGGUAUUUUUCAUGUCUACUGUCUCUUUAAACAUGAUAGACAAAGGUCUUUUUUCCAACCUAAUCAUUAAUCACAUUCAUCCAUUCCCCCUGUUUUUAUAAAUAUCCUCCUAUUUCAUUCCAAGUAAAUAGAAUAUAAAUCUGUUUUUUAUUUUUACAAAUCUGGAACGCUAGGUGAGAUGAAUACAACUUGAUUUCUGAGAGAUUAUUAUCUUCAUAAUUGUUUCCUACAGCAGUAUUUUGCUGAAUCUGCCAACUGUGGUCAAAUCUGCAAAUAAAAUGUAAGUUUAAAUAAUCUGUGUGUCAAAAAACUAGGGAACAGUCUGAAUAUAUGUAAAAUGUUAAAAGAAACCAUUUAUUUUGUUUGUUUCCAUCUGUCACUUUUGUUAUGGCAUUAGAAAGUGUUAUGAACACAGCAAGUAAAACCGUGUCAUCCCAUGAAUUUGGCAUCCCUGGCACAGAAUUUUCUAAAUCAACUAGGGAUGCACUGAAUCCAAGAUUUGACUCAGGAUAUGGAUGAAUCUUGAGGCAUUGGGAUUUGUCUGAAUCCUAAGUAUCCAUUAAACCUAAUCUAAAACGUAAAAGUCUUUUGAAAUGAAUGCUCUGGAAAACCAAAUUGUUCACAAUUGAUGCAAUUUUUACAUAUUUCGCAAACCAAAAUAUGCAAAUUGGGGUUCAGAUUUGGCACAGUAUUUAGUUGAACUUUUUCUGGAGUUUUCUGUAAUCAGCCAAAAUUAUGGAUUUGGUGCAUCCCUAAACAACACACUUAAAAAAAACAAGUUUUUGUAAUUUUCGGUGUCUUGUAAGAUAUUGCUUGAAUUUAUUUAUGAUAUGGAAAAAUUGUUUUUAUUCAGAAACAUCUUAAAUGUAAUCGUUACUCUAUUUAAUGUUUAAUUUUAAGUAACUAAACACAACUUGUGCUUCACUAGGACUCUACAGCUUAUUGCUCCUCGUAUCAUAGUACUGUGACAACUCACCGUGUGGAACCACUGCAAGCUCUUUUAGACCAUUAAAAAAAGAAAGAAAAGGAGAUAUGAACACAGUGGACAAUGCUGGGGCCUUUGUCUUAAGGUGAAAUCUAAAUUAAAUUUAGGAGAUCCCUCAGAAAGAUUGGAAACAGCACUGCUGGCUAGAGAUGCGCCGAAUACCGAAUCCUCCACAAAAGAUUCUGUUGAAUUGCAAACCAAAUCCAAACCAGUUAUCUUAUAUUCAAAUUUGAGAACAAUUAUAUGAAUUUUGAUCAAACAAUUGUCACUGUCCAGUGCUUUAACAUCUUUCAACAGGGUUUAGAUUUGGUUUAGCUUAACACUUAAGACUUGCCAAAUCCAAAUCCUGCAUAAUAAAAAAUGCUAGGAUUAGGCUGAAUCCCAAACCAAAUCCUGGAUUCGGUGCACCCAAUUUCUGACAGAAACACUGCAAAUGUGAAGUAAUAGUUCUAAUCUAAACCUGAGAAGUUUUAGGGUGUUGCCACAGAUAUUUUGUACCAUUGUCCUUAACGGCAAAUAAACAUAUUAUCUCUGCUUUUAAAGAGCAGUGUAGGGAUGUCCAUAUGAAUAAACAAGCAGAGUCCCAGAGGGAAAACAAGCAGAGUCUUUCAAGUGGCAGUUGGGCACCAAGAAGGAAAAAAUGAAGGACUAGACAAAGAGGAGAGGGCAGAAUAAAAAAAUAGAUGUCCAAUCUCACAGCUUUCAUUUACUUGAUGCAUCCAUCGUCUAAAUAUAGAGUGGUUUGCCUUGAAGCACAUCGAUUUAGAGAAAAGAGAAGAGCACCAAUGUGCAGAUCAACUGCUUAGUGGAAUAUAUUGUAUAUUUUUACCACACAAGAUGUUUUGGGACCCUUAGUGUACUUUAUUAAGAGUGAUGCCGUUGAUAAAGAGUGCUAAGGUGCCUGGAGCAUCUUGUAUGGGAUAAAUCUGCAAUAAAUUCCACAAAGCAGUUGUUCCUAGAGCAGAACACAGUGGAUCAGGCAAAGAGGGAGAAUAGACUGGAGCAGGGCCGAUCAGACAAAGAAGCAAGUUAGAAUGGAGUGAGGUGGAGUAGGCGAGGAACAAGACAAGGCAAGAGACUAAGGCAACACAAGAUCCAGGAUAAGUAAGAGCUAGAGCAGGGGUCCCCAACCUUUUUUACCCAUGAGCCACAUUCAAGUGUAAAAUAAUGUUGGAGAGCAACAUAAGCAUGCAAAAAGUUUCUGGGGCUUCCAAAUUAGGGCUGUGAUUGGGUAUUGGUCGCUUCUAUGUAAACUUGCAACCAACAGGAGGCUCAGUUUUAGCAAUACACAUGUUUUUUAUGAAACUUAACCUUGCGUUUAAACCAAAAAUUCAAAAAUAAGCACCUGCUUGUAGGCGACUGAGAGCAACAUCCAAGGGUGGGAGAGCAACAUGUUGCUCACUAGCCACUGGUUGGGGACCACUGAGCUAGAGAAAGGACUCAGUGCGCAGGUUACAAUGUUCAGGCCAGUAAGUAAUGAGGGACAACGUUUUAAAGGAUAAGGCAACCCCAUUAAAGAUUGUGUGUAGUUUGAUUAGCCAAACUAUUCUCUGUAUAGAUGUGCUCCAAAUUCACCUCAGUGUGGAAUGGUUUUCUUACAGCACUACAAUUCUGUAAAAUAUCGCACAGUAGCAGAAGACCAACUUCUCAUAAUGGAUUCUUCCCUCCCUCAGACCAAGACGAAGAUUUUACUCAUUGCAGACUAGCUGGAAAAUUGUGCAAGUACAUUAUAAUUGGUAUCAGCAAUUCCCUUCUGAGUAGAGACCACCUGCGACAGCCUUCAACGUCAUCAUUAAACCCCCCCCCCCAAAGGCCACCUUCACAUUACCAUAGCUUAUAGGAUUUAUAGCAUUCAGUUGCUACAGUGAUGUGGGCUGAACUAAGAGGAACUGAGCCUAUCCUCAAGUGCUGUGAGUUCAUUCAUAUUCGGUUUGGUUACUUUGUUGCCUGCAGUGCCUUUGAUAGGGGUUGGAACAAUCCUGCUAUAUAUAUAUAUAUAUAUAUAUACACAUAUGGAAAGAUAUUUUUUUAUUGUGACUUCUCCUGGUCACUUGGCAGGAAAAAUGUUGUACAUGUGCAGACAUCACUAAGUGGUGAUUCUUUAAAUGCCGAGUAAUGCAAUAUGGUGAUGCUGAGUGCAACUAAGGUAAUAUAUUUUUAUUGUCUGAAUUGAGCUGAAUUACUUCACUAAAAUAAUUUAGUGUUUAGGGAGAUGAAAAUGUUGGAUAUGCAGUGUUGGAGGAAAGGGUUGUGUUGUCCAUUAAGUAGGGUGCCAAUAAGGCUGCUGGGAUUUAGAAAACCACAACGGGAAUGGCAGGUGAAAAGUCCAAAUUCACCAGGAACUGGUUGCCUUCCUGGCCCAGUGGUUGGGUAAAAGUCCUCGGUUCAAAUACUAGCAAAACCUUACACUCGGUCUAUUUAUUAGCACAAACCAAAUCAUCCUGUUGUUUAUAUAGCCAGUUAGGGCACAUAUUACUGGGGCUGCAAAUACCCUCUCCAAAAUAUGGUUCAAUAAAUGGUCAAAAAGACACUGCAAGGCAAAAACAAAUAUAGAGAUGAAAAUUGUACAGGAUAAGAAAGGAGAAACAAAAACAAGAAAUAUAGAUGAUCUAUGAAAUUUAAGAAGAUAUGCAAAUGAAAAUAAAGCAGAAAACAGUGCUGCAAACAGUAUACGUAUGUAAAAACAAACAUAACAAUUGCUGACUACACUGAGAUAUUUUCCUGGAUAAUCUAAAAAAAACCCUAAUCAAAGGAAAAAUAUAACAAUAUUUUAUUUGCUACUCAUUGUAAAAGACUGCACAUUUGGUAGGAGUACAAAGGCAUUUUAAUGGAUUAAAUAUAAGCAUGACAAGUUAACUGAGAUAGAAAUCUCUGUUAAAAAAAAAUGAGGACAAUGUAAUGAGGGUAUAUAGGAAUAGGAAUUAGAGGCAUGCAAUGGGGGCAAGUGGUAGUUCAUAUAAAGGUACAUGCAAAGGGUACUUGUGUGGUGAAAGAAAUUGAGGAAAAUUAUAAUAGGAAGAAGAGAGUAUAAUGAGGAUAUGGGAUUAUAGCUGUGAUAUGGAGGCAAUAUGACAUUUUUGGAAAGUAUUAUUGGUACAUAAAAGGCAAGAAAAAAGUAAGUGAAGGGUGCACAUAAUUAUAAUUCUUUAUAAUUUAUGGGAAAAGUUACCAGCCUACCACACUUGGGUGCUUCUCAGUCACUAAUGAGGUACGACUCCUCUGUUGUUGCUGCUGGCGGUGACCCCUCAGAGCCCAUAUCAAAAAGAACAGCAGGACCCCAAAUAAGAUCACAAGAGCACCCAAUCCACCUGCGACAAUGGGGAGGUCUGGCACAGUGAACAUAAGUCGUGGUUCUGAUGGAUCCAGAGGAGCUGGGAACAUAAUUGUACAGAUUGGAAGUUUUAUUAAGCAACACUGGGAAAUACAUUUAGGGACCUUAAACAGACUACGUAUAGCAAUAACUUCAUCAAGUGAAAGCAACAACACAGGAUCUGAUAACUAAUAGGUAACAACGUUUACAUGGUAGUGCUCUAAAGGGGAGCAUCAAUAAGAAUUUACAAAGUGUAUUUGAUGUGUACUAAAUUUGUUUCCCCUGGGUGAAAGAGCAUGCCUGUUGUGCUUUUUCAGGUAGCACUUCUGCCCCGGGAAAUGGCUGCACUGUGCAUCUUGCUUCUCACACCUAAACGGCAAUAGCAGAACGGCUGCAUUGCACCAAUUUUUUUUGCGCACUGGUCAUAAAAAAGCCCUAUAGUUAUUAUUGUAAUCUAUUAUGCAUUAUAAGUCAAACACUUUUUCAUUACAAUAUUUCCCACCUUUACUACUGCAACUUCAUCCUUGCAGCAUUCUAAUAUACCGUAAUCACAACUUCAAUCUGUUCCUAGGGCCCAACACUCGAAUCCUAACGAAUGGGAACAGGCGGUCAGAUCACGGGACCGCAUCAACGAAUCCAACGGGAUUUUUAGUCCCAUCCGAUCAAGAUUUGGCCGACUUACACGGGCCAAUAAGCUGCCGACUCGGUCUGUCUGCGGCUUUUAUCGGCCCGUGUAUGGCCACCUUUAGUGCUGAUCUCCAAAUACACUGCCUCAUGCAAUCUACAGACUGCUUCUCAUCUUCACCUCUUUUCUUCUCUCAUCAUCUUACCCCAUUCCCUACGGCAGAACUUCUCUUUAACUUCUGCAUAUCUCUGGAACUCCCUGCCACAAACUAUCAGGCUUUCCCCUUCCCACCAAACCUUCAAAUACUGCCUGAAUACCCACCUGUUUAGAGGAGCAUAUGCACCCUAGUUGAUCAGAAGUCAUCUUAUUAUAAAGAUUUACCAAUUGUUUUCAACAUCCUUUUGUUUUACCUGUUCCCUCGCCUUUUAGAUUGUAAACUGUGUGAGCAUGUCCCACUAAUCCAUCUUUUAAUUCAGCAAUAAAUAAAAUAAAAUUCA